CACUUUGUAUACAUUUAAUGUGUUUGAAUUGAAUGUUAUUUUUUAGUAUAAUUUAAAUUGAAUUUUGAUUUACUUAUUGAAUGUUUAAUUGUUUUAUAUAAUGAAUAGAUUAUAUCGAUUGACAAUCACUUUAUCGGAUGUAAUCAAUGCAAACAUAUUUGGAUUUAAUAGACUCAAUCCGGUGUUUGUGGUAAACAUCGACCGAAAAGUGACCAAAAAUGCUGACCAUAUGUCUCGUUCACUAUUGGAUGACAUAAUGAGUGGCUUUCUAUGGGCGACACCAAAGAGGAGACUAACUCUUGAGCGAAGACUUGUUCGGCGAUUCGGUGUCGAGAAAUAUCCGGACUCGAGUGACAUCAUUAGACCCAAACAAAACAUCAUUAUUUGUGACCACUGCGGCCACUAUCACGAACUGCACACCAUUUGCGGUAAUUGCUAUAAACGAGUCAAAGACGAAACCAAAGUACUGCUCGAAAAAAUGAAAGAACGGAUCAACUAUUUCGAGCCAAUUGAUAAAGAAAUGGAGUUUAGGUAUGAAAAUGAUAAAACAAAUGACAAGACGACAGACAAUAAGCGAAUCGUUGAAGUGGACAGACAGAGACCCGAUUGGUUCUCACAGAAUUUGAUGACCAAAAGUGUUGGCAAUAAAUGGAUUCAAAAGAAUGCUAUUAUUGCUGAACAACAACCAAAAGUCUUAACAAAAGAUUAAUUAAUUUAUUUUAUUUUAAUAUAGAUUUUGAUUACAAUUAUUACAAUUUGAAAGAAUAAAUUGUUGUCAUAUAUAAUAUGUUUAUAUAUUUUAUAUUAUUAUUUAAAGGCCCCAACAUUUUGAGAUCUGUUAGAAUUAAUAACAUUUUAUUUUAAAUAUAAUCUAAAUAUGAUAUGCAGUGUAUAUAAGUAAUAUAAGUUGUUUUAAUUUGAAUUAUAGUUCAUUAUAUUAUAACAUGUCUAUCUUUAGGCACUUUUUGUUUAAUUGAGUUAUAGAUUAGUAAGAAUUGCACAAAAAAUAAUAAUUGAAUAAAAUUAA